GAACACGACAUCUCCUCUCCUGGGCCUAUCUCAGCUGGGAUCAGCGGCAGCCUCUGGGGAAGAAAGCUCAGCUGAGCCUGUGCCACUGCAGGUGUUGCAGCGCGAGUAGAUCAGAGAGGAAGAUCUGGGAUUGGAAUCACAACGUUGACAUCAGGGCUUUCCAGACGUUAUCUUCGCUGUGCUUCUGCAAGCCAGGGAUGGGUUAUUUGCCCUGUUAGAGCCCAGCCCAGCCCAGCCUGCUGGUGGUUUGCCCACCAUCAUGCAGCAGAUCCAACACAAGAAAGGGGAAGUCAGAAGAUCUCUGGGGCCCAUCUACUCCAGGCUCCUCGUUACUUCUGAUCAGGCUGCAGUCGGAGGGAGAGGGACCUGUGGUCUUCAAACAGUAACUGACAGGGGAAGGCACUUGUGAGAACCAUGAUGUCCUUGGGUGUCAACAAAGGACGUGUGAUUACACCUACAGAUGAAGACCGUAGAAGGAUCAUUAAGCAGAUGAAGGUUCGCACCACCCUGAAGGGAGACAAGAGCUGGAUCCACCACCAGAACUCAGACUCUGAGGACGAAAAGAAGAGCAGCCCGCUGUCUGCACGGGCUGGUGGGGGAUCCCCAGCUUCAGCACCUAUUGCUCCCCAGAUUGACAGGCCUCCCGUCUCCAAGCCUCAAUCCGGUUACCUCAUCAGGGGAGUGUUCACAAGAACCAUCGAUAAGACUCCUUCUGUGCCUAAUUCUUCAUCUUCCAAAGAAGUCCAGAAAAGCACUGCCAUGAAGGGAGCCAGCUCAUGCCGUUCUUCUUCUGGCUACAGGAUGACAACUGAGGAUUACAAGAAGCUAGCUCCCUAUAAUGUUAAACAAAAAUCAGUGGACUUGGAUGAGGAGGAUGUGCCUUUUAGUCCAGAUGAACAUAAAAAGAGGACAGAGGCAGCCAACAGUGUCCUGAGACGCACUGCCAGCAGGGAACGUGCUUACGUGCUCUCAGCAGCCAAGAAAAGCAACGGCCCGACACAAGAAUUCCCACCCUUGUUUGCCAAGAGAAUUGAGGUAGAAGAAGAAGAAGGACAGCAGAGGAGGAGUUCAGCUGUGUCUGGUUCAUGCAAGUUUUCGCCAGAUGACAACAGUACCAAUGGGCUAAGGAAAACCACAGCUGGGUCUUCCUGGAAUGAGCCAAAGACAACAGCAGCAUCUCCCACCAGCACUGAAACAGGCAGCAAGAGCCAAACAACCACAUCCUUGAGUGAAACUUCCGAGAAAAUGUCCACCUAUACUGAAAUCAGAAAUGGUGAAAGCAGACAGUCUUCUAAUGGGAAAUCCUCAUUGGAAACUGUGUCACAGCAUGGGGACGGUGACAAACCUCUUAAGGAAAAGUCUGAGCCAUUGGCAUGGGAUGAGUCCAGAGCAGCCGUGGUUUCCACAAAUGGAAGUUACUCUGAACACACAGAAGCAAACAAUGGAUUUUACCCACCAAAGUCCGACCCUGGUUGCAGGGACAGACCUGCAGGUGCUACAGACAGCCUGCAGCGUCAUUACGAGACCUCUCCCUGCCUGGAUGAUGCGAAGCCUGAACCUGCAGGGUCAGGACCUGGUGCUGGUGCUCACGGUGCUGCUGCUAGCAGAGGGUCUAGCUUGCAGUCUAAUGUCCCCUCUCCUCCCGCUGAGAGAGCCCCUGCACACCUUGAGGACACUGAAUAUUCAUUUAAAAGAUCGGUCCUGAGCUAUGAGGAGGGAAGCAGCACGCAAGAGGGCAAAUACACGAGUCCCACGGUCCCAGCAUACAGCAAGCCUGACGCGAAUGAAGUGAUGUCCUCCCAAGAUUUCAAAGAGGGGAACAUCCCUAGGGACAGGGAGCACGAGAGCACACAGACCUCAGAUGAUCAUAAACCAGAGUUGCUCCAAGAACGGUUUUCUGACUCAAACCACCAUGCUGAGAAGGGACAAGAACCUCCUGAUGUCCACUCAGAGCCUCCCAGGUCGAAUGAACAUGCUGACCAUGACCUGAGUACAGCAGUGUGUGUGCCAUGCUCCAUGGACUGCACCAGUGGGAGCAUAGACAAUAACAAGGGAGUAACACCCUAUGCGCAGAGUGAAGAAGUUGCUUCAAGAAGGCCCAGCUCCCUACCGAGAGAAAGCAUCCUCACUGCUCCAGAGACCCCAUGUGCAAAUGAAUCUGACCCAUGCUGGGAAAGGACCACUCCAGGUUAUGAGGAGCAACCCCCUCUCACCACGGAUAGUCACCAUGAGAGCCCCGGAGCCUGGAGACACAAUGAGCUUAACCCGAUGGCAGCCAGCAGGUCUAACUUCAGCUCAAAAGAGAGCGCUCUCAGUGCGUAUGAGACCCAGCAUCCCAUGCCACUGUACAUGGACCGCCAGCCUUUUAACACCAGUGUGCCAGCACCUAGCCACAGGAUACCAUCCUAUGCAGACAGCCAAGUAUUCAGCACCAGAAGGCUUAUCCCAGAUUAUGAAGGGAGAGUUUAUGAUGGGAGAAGCAGCCCUAGGAGCAGCAGAUAUGACAGUGCUAUUGCCAGGGGGCACUGUGAAUUUAACCCCACAGCUCCAAGGCUUCUCUCAAGUUCGAGCGAGAGGAUGUGCGCUCCGAUGGCCACCUUACCGUACAACAGCCCCGUGGCCUCCGGGUACCAGCCUGAUGCCAGCUCUGCCGGAAAAGGGGUCCUCUUUGUGAAGGAGUACGUGAACAGCAGCGAGCUGUCGGCCUCCCCGCGCUAUGGCAGUGGCAGCCUUGUAGAUUUGACUGAUUCAGAGAGAGCAACCUACAGCCACCACAGCUACCUGUCCAGCGCUCCUCCGCAGAGGUCCAGUGAACCUGUUUGUACUUACUGCAGCCGUGAGAUCCGAGACUGCCCUAAGAUCAUAAUAGAGCAUCUUAACAUCUACUGCCACGAAUACUGUUUCAGGUGUGGAAUUUGCCACAAAGCAAUGGGAGAUUUUCUGGAUAAAAUAUUCAUCCACCGGGACAUUGUCCACUGUGACAAGUGCUACGAGAAACUCUUCUAGGGUUUUGCAAAGGUGGAGAAGGCAGCCAGUGAAAAGUCCUCAGCAGCACAUAUCUGAAUACAUCUACCAGCUCCUGACUGGCUAAGACAGCAGAAUUCCUGCUCCCCCUUCCUCAAGCUAUCUUCCCUCUCACUGCCUCAUCACAAUGAAUGAGUUUAACAUCCGCUAGCUUAUGCUGUCAGCUGCACGCAAGACAAGUGCCAAUGUUAACAAGAUAAGGCAGUGUCAUCUACAAAAGAUAAGUGGGCUGAUUUUCCAAAGGUGCUGAGCCCCUCCACCUGUCUUUAACUUCAUUAAGAUUCCAGAGCGCUCCUGUGCUGGAAAUCAGGCAGAGCUCCUUAGAUCUAUGUAAGCUAAUUGCAAGAAACCUUUUCUGAUUUUUUUUCUUUCGUUUUUGCAAUCAGGCUGCAGCUUAGUGUGUGUCAGCUGGCACAAAACAAGCAGAUCCGAGAACUGUUAAAUACUAGAUUUGGAUUCUUGGGAGGGUUUGAAUUUAGCUCCUAGCAAAAGCCUAUUUCUGCUUCUUUCACCCCCAAAUUCUGCCUAGAAAUAGCUUCUGACUGAUUUCCAUUUGCUUUCCAUGGGCUUUCAGGAGCACUUGCAGACUCACUUUACUCUAAUUAUGUGUCAGCUUUAAUUUCCCUUUCCUGCCUACUCCCUAGUGGAUUCCUUCAGCAGCAUGUGUGUCUGCUGUCUGUUUGGGAAGAUAAACUACCAGGUGAAAGAGUGUUAACUUGGCCUCUGAUGGUAGGUGUCCAAUGGCCAUACAAAAUGUGCCAGAGAAUCGGUGUCUCAAUUGGCUCUCCUGACAAGGAACACUGCUUGACUGGAAUCUGAAUUUUCCUCCACCUCGCAAAGGCUUGCUGUGAUGCCUCUUUUAUUGCUCUAAGUUAUUUACAUCUCAAAUGCUUGCUCACAAAAAUGAACUUCUAGCAGGUGCUGUACAUGCUAAAUGUCAGAAAUGCAUAAUUUCAGCCCUUAAUUCAGAUGUUGAGAGGGUGAGAAAGUUGAACACUGAAAGCUGAAAGUCAGCCUCUGUGCCUUAAAUGUACACCUCUGAAUGUGUCCGUGAAGUUACUGUUUUUUUCUUUGAAAGCAUUAGGAGUAUCUGCAAAGCACACAAAUCAGUUCUUUAGUAGCUCUUACAUGCCAACCGGUGAUGGCAAAAGCUCUAAAGCAGACUAUUGUUAGACAGAUAAUUCUUCAUGCUCUUAGUGAUGGAAGCUGGCAUGCAUGCAAAAGCUUAGCAAGUUAGUGUUUUUACAGCACCAGUGCUACAUAGCGGUGGCUUUUUUUUGUUUUGUUUUGUUUUUUUAGGCCACUGUACCAUUUAUUUGAGUAAAGUGUAGGCAUGACCUUAAAAGCACUCCACAAGGGGAACUCCAGUUGAAAUCAGUAACAGCUCUGCUACUGGCAAGCUUCAGGGCGAGACCAUAAAGUUGUGUCUGACAGGGACUGGGGCAGCUCCAUCCUGAGUGCAUGGUACAACAGGGGCCCCAACAACCCUCCCCAACCCCAUUACACAUAGCGGUGGACGCACAGGCAUGCAAUUUUCAAAAAUGUGGACUCAUUUUGGAUACCCAUGUUUCUCAGUUACCAAGAUGUUACAGAAAUGAUACUUUCUGAACAGAAGAGGAUCACAAAGUGUCUGAUCUCCCCAAACAGCUCACUCCUGAAAACCAUGGCCUAUAAUUACAGGUGCCCUUUGAGAAGAUGAUCUGCAGAAAUAACAUAUUCACCCAUGCUGGAGCUCCUGGUGGCUGCGUGGCCUUCUGGGGAACAGGUUUUGUCCACUGUAUGUUUUGCGUCAUCUUUUCAUCACCGUAUUUUCCUUGUAGCAAUUGUUUAACUUCCAGCAUACACCUCUCUAAUAAACAUUCACUGCUCAU